UUAAAUUUGGGUGAAACAAAGAUGGCGGAUGCGAGAGAAUUACAAGCGAAUCUUACCGAAUAUCGUGCUCAGUUCAGACAGGUCGAAGCCGCGCUGACGACGGAUCCAGAUAAUGACGAACUCAUCAAGUUAAAACAAGAUUUACAGGAGGUGAUAAAUCUUACAUUAGAUCUUCUGAAGGUGAACGAGAAAACUGUCAUUCCCUCAGCUGCCUUCAAAUGGAAAGUUGGACAAAAAUGUCAAGCUGUGUGGAGUCAGGAUGGAAGUUACUAUGAUGCAACUAUCGAUAGUAUAUCAGAAGACUUCACAACAUGCACAGUUUCAUUUGAAAAAUACGGAAAUACAGAAAUUGUAAAGGUUUCAUCACUAAGAGAAAAAGAACAAGCUGAUUCCUCUGCACCUAAAAGGGUGGCUGAAACUAGCAUUAUGGCUGCACCAAGCACUUCAAAGAAAUCUAGGGCCAAUGAGGAUGCUCUUCGUGAACAGAAAAAGAAGAAAAUGAUGAAAAAGAAACAAAGAGCCAAGGAAAUUGAAGAACAAAGGGAAAAAGACAAACAGAACUGGUUGGAUUUCUUCCAUAAUUCAAAAGGAGGUGGAUCCAGCAAAUCUGGAAAGAGUCUAAAGGGUGUGU